AUGUCAGCACCACGAGCAGUCAGGCAGCUUGCCAAUGGCCUUUUCCGCCGAACAAACCCCAGGACACGCUUCCUCCCCGCUCAGCGCAGCAUACACAGCACGAGCAGAUUGCCCUCGCAAGUAGCCGCCGGUCAACCGAUUGUCGAGGCAGAAAGACCUACCGAGGUACCUGCUGUGAAUCCACCACUUAGUUUCCCUUGUCUGGAUGCUCUGGACAAGAAGACACAGACGUUGACCAAGAAGCGAUCGCUAUCUGGGCCCGAGCCGUCGUAUGCGCCAGGUGCCACCGAGACUUUCCACUGUCCUUCGCCUCUUCUCCUCGACUGGGGUGGUGUAUUGCCGUCUUUUGAUAUCGCCUAUGAGUCUUGGGGUACUCUCAAUGCUGACAAGAGUAAUGCGAUCCUCCUACACACCGGCUUGAGUGCCAGCAGUCACGCAAAGAGCACGCCAGCCAAUUCAAAAGCCGGCUGGUGGGAAAAGUUCAUUGGCCCCGGUGCGCCCAUCGACACGGACAAGUACUUUGUAAUCUGCACAAAUGUACUGGGAGGUUGCUAUGGCAGUACUGGACCUAGCUCCAAGGACCCUUUGGCCAAUGAUCAACCCUAUGCUACCCGCUUCCCUAUCCUUACCAUGCAGGAUAUGGUGCGCGCACAGUUCCGUCUUUUGGAUUGGAUGGGCAUUGAGAAGUUGUAUGCUUCUGUGGGCUCUAGUAUGGGCGGUAUGCAGAGUCUUGCCGCGUCAGUCUUGCAUCCAGAGCGUGUGGGUAAACUCGUCAGUAUCUCCGGCUGUGCGAGAAGUCAUCCUUACAGUGUAGCCAUGCGUCACACUCAACGUCAAGUCCUCAUGAACGAUCCCGCCUGGUCCUCAACACGCGGAAACUACUACUCCGCCAUCCCACCCCACGCCGGCAUGAAACUCGCCCGAGAAAUCGCAACCGUAACCUACCGCAGCGGACCGGAAUGGGAAUUACGCUUCGGCCGCCGUCGCGCCGACCCUUCCAAACCCCCCGCCCUCUGUCCAGAUUUCCUCAUCGAAACCUAUCUGGAUCAUGCGGGUGAAAAGUGGUGUUUGGAGUAUGAUGCCAAUAGUUUGCUAUAUGUCAGUAAAGCCAUGGAUCUUUUUGAUUUGGGAAAGGAGCAUAUGGAUAUGCUGGAGGGUGUGAGGAAGAGCAAUGAGCAUAAACUUGAGCAAUUCGGUGCUGGGAAACCCACGCCCAAGCCGGAAGUUGGAGGUGCGGAUUUGUGUAAUCUGACACUGCCGGAUACACCUUACGAAGAGCAAGAGUCGACAGCGGAAAUCAUGAACAAGGAUACAGAGAUCAAGGCUGCGGCACAGGAUAACGAGCCCCCUGCUGAUUUGGUAAAGGGUAUGCAAGGGUUGAGAGAUAUUCCUGCUUUGGUGCUUGGAGUGGCUUCGGAUAUCUUGUUUCCUGCUUGGCAGCAGAGGGAGAUUGCUGCUGCGUUGAGGAAAGUUGGAAAUAGAAAAGUUACGCAUGUGGAGUUGGGAGAGGAUAGGAGUUUGUUUGGGCAUGACACUUUCUUGCUUGAUCUUGAGGGCGUGGGUGGUGAGUUGAAGAGGUUUUUGGGUUAG